CGUGCGCGCCCGAUGGAGAUUGAUGACGAUCGCGAGCAUCAAAUCCUCGCUGUUGGAUACAAGGAGCCGGUUGCUCCUUCUCACCGUCGGAAAUGACACACAUGCAGUCCGCACCGGUUCCCUAUGAACAAAUCGCCGAGAAUAAAAAUGGGACGGGGAGCAUCCAAUCGUAUACCUCAGAAGGGUAGAUCCGUCUUCGGUCGUGCUCAACCCGCCCAUGCGCACAAUGAGGAGACCGAGGUUGAUGAUGGGAUGGAGCCGGUGUCCACGGAUCAAAAGGAAUCGGCACAUUGUAUGAAGCAGGAACCCAGCAUCACUGUCCAGGAGGGACGAGAUGAGGCCCAACUAGUCCUGGCCUCCCUGCCUCCAUCGGGCCACCAGGAACCCAGACGUCGCCGGAAGCUAAUCAUUGAUGACUCGGAGGAGGAAAGUCCACGGCGGUCGCUUCCCGGGCAGUCCAAGCAGCUGGUUAAGAAGGGGGUAGCGAAGAAGGGACGCGGGCUAAUAAAGGUUUCUGAGAAAUCUCAGCUCGAUGGGGGAGAGGGCCCUUUGAGGGCAGUAGCUCGCUUUUCCUCUCGGCGUCGCGGUGUUGGAAGAAAGAAGCAGGAUAGGGAUGCCCCUCCAAACCUGCAGUUGCGUGAUGUUGACACGGUGGAGGAGUGAGAGCAGGCGUUGUCGGAGGAAUGUUUGCUCAAGGAAACUUGUCCUGCUCCGCCCCAUAAAACUGGGUACUCCUC